GUACUCACUACUGGCCUCGUUUACUGUGAUUGAACGGUAAAGACACACCCAAUAAACACCCGCAUCAAACCACACCCCCAAGACAACUCACUGUUUGCGUGGAUUUCGCUCUUUGAAAUAUGCUAUCGAAACUUAUUGUUUCUGCUUCGUGAUUAAAAUCACCACACCGGGAAGCAACAUAAAUCAAACAUCCGAUCAUCACUCCUGAUUUACUGCGCUCAGCCAACGCGUCAAAAGUCAUGGACAAACUUAAAUCAGUUUUGAGCGGAACGGAUGGACCCAAUGAAAACGGCAACAUCUUGCAGGCAGCGAAUGAAGCAUCUACUUUGGGUUGGGGUACACGAGUGAAGGGAUUUAUUAUCUGUUUUGUGAUUGGGGUCACCUGCUCAAUCUUGGGAGUCUGUAUGCUCUUCAUCCCCAAAGUAGGAAUCCUCCUCUUCAUCAUAUUUUAUACCUUUGGAAACAUCUCUUCACUCUGCAGCACCAUGUUCCUGAUGGGACCAGUCAAACAGCUGAAGAGGAUGUGUGACAAGACCAGAGCUCUGGCCACUACUAUCAUGUUGACAUGUCUUGUGUUGACUCUCUGUGCAGCCUUCUGGUGGGUGAACUUUGGUCUCGCUUUGAUGUUUUGCAUUUUGCAAGUCCUAGCAUUUGCCUGGUAUGGCUUGUCAUAUAUCCCUUUUAUCAGAGAUGCCAUCCUGAAGAUUAUUACGAUGUGUGUAAAGUGAAGACCCCAGACUGGCCUGUCGGCUUGAAGGAACAACUGUGCCUCGGUUACAAAGGAUAUCUUUCUGGUCUGAGCUUCAUGGAUAUAUGUUUGAAACUGAAUGUUGUAUUGUCCAUAACUUUGACACGCUGCUUGAGAGCGGGCCAACCAACUCCUUACAGUGAAAUUGUACUACCUCUAUACCCUUCCAUUUAAAACAUGUUAAUGGUAUUUUUUUAAUCCUUUGUAUUUCCACUAUUAGGGAAGUAUUGUGCUUUGGGUUUAUUUAGAUGUUUUGACAAUUUCUAGCGGGAACAUUUGUCUUUUUUACUAUGUAUAUCUGUUUACUACUGUGGGGGAAAUUGUUGGUGAUGAGAAGUAAGAACAUGUAAUUAUUUGAUCCAAUUGUUGAAUUGUUUUUCAUAAGGUCUCUGCAUAUGCUGUAAAUAUGUGAAUGUAUUAUAAAGGUUUAUAAAUGAA